CUCAUGCUUUGAUUUCCUCCAUAAUAAUUAGUGCAAAGAUAACUCUGAUAUGCCUCGUUGCUGUGGUAAUGUUGGUGAGAGACUCUCACCUAUUUUUGAUUCGUGGGAGCCCCAUGAGAAGCGGAACCUUUUUGCUUCAAUUCUCUCAGGACUUCUGUUCUCAGUUGGCUGGUGGAUCAUCAUUGAUGCUGCAGCUAAGUACCCUCAUGAGAGCGAAAUGAAGCAUGCCUAUCAUGCCUGUGGUGUCAUGGCUACCAUUGCCAUGUUCAUGAUCAACACGGUUAGCAAUGCUCAGGUGCGAGGUGACGGCCAUGAGGGAGGCUGCCUGGGCAGCUAUGGCGCCAGAAUUUGGCUAUUCCUUGGCCUGAUGAUCAGCUUUGGUUCACUCAUCGGCUCCUGCUGGAUCCUGUUUGAUGGUUAUGUUGUUGCCGGUUUCACGCCAGUGUACCCUGGUGUUGCUGUGUUCCUGCAGAAUCUUUUCAUCUUCUUCUCGUCAGUGAUGUACAAGUUCGGGAGAGUCGAGGACACCAACACCUGGGGAUGAGCCAAUCCUGUCUGAACGCUCCAUCACUAUUAGCUCCACUUAACUAUUCCCUUUAAGUAACUAUUGAUAUUUUCAUGUCUUCAUACCCUACUACCCUCAACCUUACCUUCCCAUAAUAUGGUAACCUCAACCUUCACUUCAGAAGUAUACUAUAAUUUUUGAUUGAAUUGAUUUGUGACACAUAGUCCCAUGUCCAAUUAUUGAUGAGAAUGAGAUUAUAAAAUGUAGCUUAGCGGAAAAUCAUUGAUCAUUAUUGUUAGUCUUACAAGUAACUGAAUUACAAUAGUACACCCUUAAUCAAGCACACGGGAGCGUUCAGCCAAUUUCAGCAUUACAAUACUUGAUGAAAUCACUUGAAUUUAGAUGCUAGUGGACUAUCAAACUAAACAUUCAGGUUCCUUUAUGGCUUUUUGCGAUGCAAUUCUUUUUGAGUGUUCAGGCUUGUACAUAAAUUUAAUAUUUUAAAAUGGGACAAACCAAGUCAAGACUACAAACAGAGUGUGGACUUUCAAGAGUAUUUUCUGCUUGUCCUUAAAAAGGAAAAAUUCUCGCAGUGACUUGUAUUCUACCAGCUUUGAUUAUUGGAUGCUUCUAUUACCGUAUCUCACUCUGAACUUUAGUCUUGGCGUUUUCCAAGCCACAUUCUAACUCUAUUUCCGAUGAGUCUUUGAUCAAUUUGCUGAAAAUGGAAACAAAACAGCUAAUUCUUUAUUUAGAAUUAUUCUUCCUAAAUGUUUGUUGUCAAUUUGAAGUAUUCAAUUCUCCGCUUAUUUUGAAAGCAUGCGUGCGUCCGAUUAGUUGUCAUUUCGUAGCUGAGUGACAAAAAUGUAACGCGGUUCUUGAUUGAUCGGCAGAAUUUGGUAAAUGUUACAACUUCUGAAUGUGUUUUAUCAGAUUUCUAAUUUUCUUACUUGCCUUCACCAUUAGCAGCUCAAGUUGCUGAAUUUUUUUUUUGUACAUAUGGCUUAACUCAAUUACUUGAUUUUGAUGGGUUCGUUUUUGGUACACCACAAUCAAGUAAUGAAUUUCAUAUUUAUUCUUCAUUGUUAACAUAGAUGCUCAUUUAGGCACUUCAGUUGCGCUACUGCGGCAUCAUGCAGCAAAAUAGAGCAAAUUAUAUUGUGAUUUAAUUUAAAUUUUAAUACAGGGAAUGGCAUUCUUUCUUAAAAUGAAUUUGUUUUAUUUGAAAAGAUUUGCGUUUGUGGGAUGAAAUUUGUAGACCUAAUUCAUUAUAUUUACUUCUGAUUUUUUAAAGGAAUUCUAGAGCCACUCCAGCAGUAAAAGUCUCUUGUGGAAAUCUCGUUUGUCACCACGAGUUGCCAUAUUUUGAUGGCAACAAAUUUGCGUCAAAAUUUUCUGACUGGUAAGGAGUAUUUAAUGUGUUCGUAGCUUUAACGUAUGUUUAAGAACGCUUCUGAGGACCUAUAUAUCCUUACAAAUAUAUAUAAGUAAUUUAAGUUGGAAUGCACGUAAAACAUGAAUGUGCACUAAAAUUGUAUCUGUUUCAAGUCAGUAGUAAAUUCUCUCUACUGAGAUAUUGUUGUCUUAUGAAUCCGGUUUUCAUUUUUAGGACGAAAUUAUUCUUCUUGGCAGUGAAUUGGUUUGAAUGGAAUGUUCAAUUGCCAAUUUCUCGGGAGAAAAAAUACUACUAUCUCGCCAUACUGAGCGUGGUUCAGGAUUGCUUUGAUUACAUUCAAGAAUAUUCGUUCUUCUGUAAUUAUUGUAAUUUUACUGAUUAAUAUCGCAUUUUGUCCUAAAUUCAAUUAUUGAUCAAAUCACCUGUCCACUUACGAACAUUUUAUUUUCCUUGAAGCGUGUUUGGAAUUUUGUAGCUAUUGGCUCAAUUGUUGUAGGUAUAUUAAUUGAUAUCAUUUAUUUAGAAAAUCAUCCAAGGUUUUAAAUUGUUGAAUUGAGAAACGUUGGUUACUUGUACCUGUACUACAGAUGUUAAUUGUUGUACCGAUAAUGCUUCUUUAUUUUGAUUAUGUAAACAAUUCCGCUUU